AUAACGCAUUACAUUAUUUCUGUACUCGUUCUAGUUACUACAAUACGAUGUAGAAAAUACGACGUCAUGGAAGAAUCCCAUAAGCUGUAUGGUGAAGAUUUGAACUCGGUACUCCAGAGAUUCAGGAGGACUCCGGAAUAUUUGAAAAUAUUAAACAACAAGUUGUCUGAUUUGACAAAUUCAAUGUAUAGGGUUUAUACAGAAACAAUGUUUCACUAUAUGAAAGCAUUGGAAAUGGAUGUGGUCAAAAUUUACGGAGGGAACACCACAAAGCUGCGAUCAUUGGACUCUUUGGACAAUAUAAAAAAAAGGAAAAAGAACGUAUUAAAAUCUGGAACACAAUCAGCGGUUGAUGACCUCGACAACUACCUAAAAAAGUUAUCAGUACUUAGUAUAGAAGAGGUGAAUCAUAUCCGAGACUUAGCGUACGAAUACUUUGGCCGAAGUAUCCAUGCCUUCAUGGAGAACUUUGCAGUGGACGACAGCUUGCCGAUUUCGACUCAAUUGCCUGGCGGGGGCGAUCAGCCAGACAAGCUUACUCCGAAACAUAAUCACGAAGUAACGAAACUUACAGAGACGCCUGAAGUGGAACCCACAACUGACAGGAAAUAUCAUCUGUCUACCGUCGCUCCAGAUAUUCUUCGGACCCUCAAACUUCCUAGAGAUUGA